AUUUUUGAUCCAAUCCAAUCCAAGUGCCAAUCAUCAACUGUUUACGUCCCACAGCAGAUUUCGAUUGUAGCGUCAAGGUAUAUGCCAGCAAUUUUAACGAGAUAUCGUCAGCUGCACCAGCUGACACGAGGCUGACCCUCAACUCGGCGUAGCUCUGUCCCUCAACAGUCCCACGGUCCCACUGACAGUUCCCAGACCGUCGCAAUGUCUAUUUUUACUCCCACCAACCAAAUAAGGCUGACCAAUGUGGCAGUGGUACGUAUGAAGAAGGGCGGCAAGCGCUUCGAGAUUGCGUGCUACAAGAACAAAGUGGUGGCCUGGAGAAGCGACGUGGAGAAAGAUAUUGACGAAGUCCUCCAGACCCACACAGUGUACACCAAUGUCUCCAAAGGACAGGCAGCGAAGAAGGAGGACCUUAUAAAGUGUUUCGGAUCGGAAGAUCAAACCAAGAUUUGCAAAGAGAUCCUGAGCAAGGGGGAGCUGCAGGUGUCUGAGAAGGAGCGGCACAGCCAGCUGGAGUCCAGCUUCCGGGACAUAGCCACCCUGGUGGCGGACAAGUGUGUGAACCCGGACACCAAGCGGCCCUAUCCGAUGAGCAUCAUAGAGAAGUCCAUGCGCGAGAUGCACUUCUCCGUCAAGCCCAACAAGAGCGCCAAGCAACAGUCCCUGGAAGUGAUCCGCCAGCUGAAGGAAGUGAUGCCCAUCGAGCGGUCCCAGAUGAAGCUGCGCGUGGUGGUGCCCAACGGGAAGAAGGCCCGGCCACUGCUCAAGGCCUUGGCCUCUUCCAUCGAGCAGGACGUCAUCCAGGGCGCCACCGGGGAGCUCGAGAUGGUGUUCCUGACGGACCCCGGCAACUUCCGUGCCGUGGAUGAGCUGGUGAGCAAGGAGUCCCGGGGCAAAGGUCAGCUGGAGGUCAUCAGCCUCAAGGAAGUCCUGGAAGGUGACGAGCUGCUGGAGUAGCCUCGCACCCCACGCGUGGACCCAGCCGGGGGUCUAAUUUCCUUCGGCUGUAAAGGAGUUCUGUCAAUCGGUCCGUCGAGUUUGUCUUCAGCCUGCGCACUCGGAAACACGGAGGCCACUCAACGGGUGUUGUGCACCCAGAUACGUGGGGUAGUUUUCUGGGGACAGACUCCAAUCUUUGUUUUGGGUCUUUUCAGCUGGGGUUUGCUUGCCAGCUUUCGAGUUUAGCUUUUAGGAUUUGUCUAGGUCUCUCGGAUAAAGUCUUAAUGUCACACUCCAGUAAAGUUUUUGUCCGUUCGAAUGAAUCGGGCGAAAACCCAGUUUGCUGCAUCAGGAGUUCUUGGAAGAACACAUGCAGGGUUGCAACUUUAUCAAUAAAAUUGGAUGUUGAAAAUGAUGUAAAGUUCGGUGAAAGUAACCUCGGGAUUUGUUCCAAGGGUUAUGGUGUGUCCCUCGAAAACAUAGUUUCCACCACAUGAGUUCCCCCAGGACAAAGCUCGGAAAAACUGGGAGCAGUGCUCCCAUUUCAGUGUAUAGUAUAAAAAGGACCACAAUUUCAAGGAGAUAAAAUUCACUGUCCCAGGCUGACACACAUUUGUCGGUCUUCCAUUAGUUCUGAAAGAAGUCUUUCCUUGCAAGAAGAUAAUUCUUUGUUUCCUCGGCAAAACAAUUUGUUCUUUGGAGUCUGAUUUAGACUAAAUAUAUGCUAAGUAUGUUUAAGUCAUUAAAUGUGUUCUGGCAAGCGAGGGAAUUUUCUAAUGAUGAACAAUUGAUCAUUAUGGUUUGUAUUUGACCCCAAGUGAGGUGCUGUGCCUUUUUAAGAAGCAGACCUUUGGAACAAAUAAGGAGUUUCCAUAUUUUUCCAGCGAGCCGACUUCGAUGGUAAACUCCUCGAGUGGCCCUUGCAGUACACAUUGCUUCGUCUUGGCUCUAACAGUAUGGGCGAACAUAAUGAGAACACUGACUACAAACAGUAGCUCUGAAAAACAUACUCGUGAUGGGAUAUUGGUGAUGGUUUCAUUGCGAUCAACUGCUGCUAGGCAUGUCAUCUUUUCAACCGAGUAGGGACAGAAGUGAAUUAUUACUGAGCAAUGGCAACAUUGUGAUGUUUUUUACUCUGGCUGUAGUAUUUAGUUAGAAGGUUUUAAGGUUGAGUUUAUGUAUAUACUAUGAGAUAAAGAGGUUUGUGGCUAAA